GUUUCCUUAGCUUUCGUGGUGUUACAUCUCAGUGACGCGUUUUACUCUACUUCAUGCAAUAUUUAAAGCCAGAAACAUCUCAUGUGUUUCUGUUGAAGCUUCAGAAAGGACCUGUUAUCCGGAGCGGAAGAGCCUGUGCGUUUAAGUGUUUUACAACCAAAACAACAAAUUAGUGAGUCUCGAACCGACUCUACCCCUACUUCAUCGGGAUUGCUGAAUAGCUUGUGUUUAAAAAAAAAACAAGUAAUUGUGAUUUUCGUGUAUCUAAGCUUUACUCAUUCGCUCAUUAGGACGUUGCAGGAAAAGCAGCGUUUACAUCACCAGGUUCUUAUCACCUGUGCUACUUUCAUUUCAGCUACUUUAGGUGCUCUUAAUGUGCAGUUGUCUUGCCCUGACUCUCCAUCAGGGUCUGCAGUUGUUGCUCGAGGACGUACACUCACACUGAGCUGCACAGACAGCUGCAGAGGCCCCUUCACGCUCAACCCCUGCGCUAUGAGCAGAGGUAGAGGAGGGCCUUCCAGAGACCACUUCCACAGGCAUCCUCCACCUGACCUACAGGCUAAGGACACUUACCAUAGACCUGGUCCUGCAACACUCUACCCCAGAUCUGGCCCACAACAGAGCCCAUUUCCAGGCUACUACCACAGUCCUGGCCAUCCUUUUGCCAUACAGCCCUCAGCUCCACCUCUAACUCAGUCUGCUCUGCCAAACCAAAAUAAAGGGACUUUUAAACCAGUGCCUUUCCAUUGCUCAUAUAAUCCCAGUAACAGCCCCACUCUUGGUCCAAAUUCAUUCAGGCAGCAGCAGGCUGAGUUCUUGAGAGGCUAUAGCAGUGAGGCACCGCAGUUCAGAGGCAAUCCACAAGGAGGUGGUGGUAGGGGCAUCCAGAGAUAUCCAAACCCUGGAAGCAGCCCUAGAGGUAGAGCAGUGUAUGGUCAGCCGCAGGGUGCCCUGUAUCAACCCACUUUAAGAUUACCCCAAGGCCCCCCAAGUCCUCUACAUCCGAAUCAAAACCACAAUUACUACUCCAACAGGCCGUGGUGCAACCAAGCAGACUCUCUGUAUGAAGAUUUUCAGAGUCUUUCCCUUCAUAAGAGCAGGGCCUCUAGAGGAGCAGAGAGAUUUGACAGACAUUCUUCAUCCAGCACCUCGGGGAGUUUGAGCUACACUAAGACUAGCAUCACCCUUACUCCUGACAUCCAGGAGCAGGUACACAGGGCUUUGACUGCUUUAAAGCCUGGGGAAACUAUCCCUGCAAAGUCUUUAGCCAAAAAGCUACACCUGCCCAAAAGUGUAGUCAACAGGGCUCUCUACUGUUUGGAGCGCUUGCAGAGGGCCUCUAAGCAAGGACUCUUCCCUCCUGAGUGGAGUCUUUACAGAGAACCUGUUAGAGGAGAGGAAGACCAAAGUUCUAAAGCACAGUCUCCACCUUCAGAUCACUGUUUGAGCUCACAGCAGUUUAACACCAAGGCUGAACCAAAAACAGAAACAGCAGAAUACAGGGGACAGACCAAAGAAGAGCACUCUGAUACCGACUCCAGUUCUUCUCACUUCUCCUCGCUAGAGUCGUCCGACUCUGAAGAACCCCGGUCACCAGCUAAAGAUCAGCAGGAGGAGAAUCGAAAUCCCGACCCCGCCAACGCCCCUGAUCAGGAACCUAAUCUCCUCAUGAUGGCAGAACAGAAGGAGCUGGUUCUGCAGUAUCUUCUACUUUGUAGGGAAGCUACUGCUCUCGUCAUAGCCAAGAAUCUAGGUCUUAAGAAUGCUAAGCAGGUCAAUCCCACCCUCUAUGCCUUGGAGAAACAAGGUGAAGUCAUUAAGAAUGGAGAGGUCAACCCACCCACCUGGGAGCUCUCUGAUCGCCGUAGAGAGAGGAUGGAGAGGAGUCUUAAAGUUGCACAGAGCGUGUCAGCUGAGGAGAUGAUAAAGGCCGAGACGGGAGGAGGGUCUAUGUUUCUAUCGUCUUCAUCGCUACCUCCAAUACCAGGCCUGGAGCCACUGCCAGAGACCUGGACACCUGAGCAAAGUCAAAGUGAAGAGUCCACCCACCUGGCCCCUUCCUCCAUCCUAUGUAAAGAGGAAGAGACUACUGAAGGACAGUGGGCUACAGAUGACAUUCCAGAGUUCCUCAACGCCAUAAGGAGAGAAACAGAUGCAGAGAGACUGGCAGCAGAAAAAGGUAAUGCUGUUGGAACUGUAGCUGUGUCGCUGGCCGCUCCACCUCCACAGAACCUGUGGGCCAAACUACAGGAGCUGAAACUAAAGAACCCCGUCAGUGGCCUAAUGGAGUAUGCCCAGUAUCUGGGUCAGAACUGUGAGUUCCUUCUGCUUGACCAGUCGGGACCGUCCCACGAUCCAAGAUUUCGUAUGCAGGUGAUGCUGAAUGGAAGGCUGUUUCCUGUAGCAGAAGCAUCCAGUAAGAAGAUUGCAAAAAAAGACGCUGCUGCAGCAACUCUGCGCGUUCUGAUUGGGGAGAUGCAAGGAGGGGGAAACACAGGGGAAGUGGGAAGUACAGAGAGUUUGGAACAUGUGAUGGAUCUACUCUCGGACACCAGUGGAGCAGCUGAAGGCAUGGCAGGAAUUUGUGGCAGUGUUGAAGGGAACGCAGAGGGACCACGCCAGCCACUGUCUCGCUCUCUGCCUGGGGGGAAGAAUCCAGUGUCUGUUCUGAUGGAGUACAGCCAGCGCAGUGGGAAUCCCAUUGAAUUCAUCAUUACUCGGCAGGUCGGCCCACCACAUGACCCAAGGUUUAUGUACAGGGUGAAGGUAGGAGAAAACAUGUUUCCAGAGGCCUCGGCUCCAAGCAAGAAGGCGGCCCGUCAGCUGGCUGCAGAGGAGGCUGUCAAAGAACUAAUGGCUGACGGGAGACUGCAGCUCAACAAGCCUCAGCUGCCUCUGGGCUCCUCCAGUGACAGUGAAGGGACUGGUUCUGGGUCUGUGUGUCCCUCUUUGCCUCCUUUGACUGCUGAUGAGUUGCGAGUAGCACACGAAGCAGGAGUAGGGGACCUCAUCAACCACCUGAACAACAAUGCAGUGUCAGGUCUUCUGGAGUAUGCCAGAGCAAGAGGCUUUGCUGCUGAGAUCCGACUGGUGGGUCAGUCUGGACCUGCACAUGAGCCAAAGUUCACCUACCAGGCAAAGCUGGGCGGACGUUGGUUCCCUCCAGUGUGUGCAUCCAACAAGAAACAGGGUAAACAGGAAGCAGCGGAUGCUGCUCUACGUGUUCUUAUUGGAGAAGCUGAGAGGGCAGCUCGUACUGGGGAGCUUAUUCCAGCUGAGCUUCCAGUGAGUGGCAGCACUUUGCACGACCAGAUAGCAAUGUUAAGCCACCAGCGCUUCAACUCCCUGACCACACGCAUCCAGCACAGCCUGCUGGGACGCAAGAUUCUGGCCACCAUUGUCAUGAGGAGGGGAGAGGGCCUGGGGACGGUGGUCAGCCUGGGAACUGGAAACCGCUGUGUCAAAGGGGAGGAGCUGAGCCUUAAAGGGGAGACUGUGAAUGAUUGUCACGCUGAAAUCAUCUCCAGACGAGGAUUCAUUCGGUUUCUGUACAGUGAGCUUCUCAAACAUUACGAUGGCGCUGAAGAUAGCAUCUUUGAGCCAACGGAGACAAACAAGCUGCAAAUCAAAUCUGAUAUUACCUUUCAUCUCUACAUCAGCACGGCACCUUGUGGGGACGGCGCUCUGUUUGACAAGUCGUGCAGUGAGGCAGGGGAUGACUUUGAGGGUCAUCAGCCUCUGUUUGAGAAUAACAAGCAAGGCAAACUCCGCACCAAAGUGGAGAACGGAGAGGGAACUAUUCCAGUGGAGUCCAGUGACAUUGUGCCCACCUGGGAUGGCAUCCAGCACGGAGAGAGACUGCGAACCAUGAGCUGCAGUGACAAAAUCAUGCGCUGGAACGUAUUGGGUCUGCAGGGGGCGCUGCUUACCCAUUUCCUAAAUCCCAUCUACCUUAAGUCCAUCACACUAGGCUACCUGUACAGCCACGGGCACCUGACACGUGCCGUCUGCUGUAGGCUGGCCAGAGAUGGUAAAGCAUUUGCACAGACCCUCCCUCCUCCCUACGUGCUGAACCACCCUGAGGUGGGCAGGGUGAGCGUGUAUGACUCCACCCGUCACAUUGGCAAGACCAAGGAGUCCAGUGUGAAUUGGAGCUUUCCUGAUCAGCACAGUGUGGAGGUGCUGGAUGGGACCAAAGGCAAACUGGACGGGAACAAACUGAGCACGUCAAGAGUGUCUAAGUCCAACCUGUUCUGCCUCUUCCGCUCUCUGUGCCAGCGUUGCGGCCGCACCGACCUCCUCGCGUUGCCCUCCUACUCCCAGGCCAAGAUGUCGGCCUUGUUCUUCCAGCAGGCCAAACAGCAGUUCUUCCGCGCUCUCAGCCUUCAUGGCUACGGUGCCUGGAUCAGCAAACCCCUGGAGGAGAAGAGCUUUGAGGCGGGAGAGGUAAACAAGAAUAAUGGAGCAGGUGUACCGUCAGGAUACGGCAGCAGCAGAAAUGGAGGAGCCAUGGAGUACAAGCAAGAAGAAGCAUAGAACGGCGCAGGAGUAUUUGGGCGUUGAUUUAAAAAAUUUAAAAAAAAAAAAACAAGGGGGGGAAAGCACAAGCAGCGACGGGUUUGAAAUGUGGAUUUGAAGGAAGAAGGACAAUCAAAGUGAUGUUGGUGGCUAGAACUGUAUCUUCUAAUGGGAUGUGGUUUAAAGCUACAGAGGAAGAAAAGGAGAGGAACAUGCUGAGGAGAGGUCCAGAAGUUGUACAGAAUAAAAAAAAAAACACUACAUGAAAAGGUAAUAGCCUGAAGUCAAUAAAUCAACAAGGUAGACAUUGCAGCAGAGCUGGUUUAUGUUUCAUCACAGGUACUGUGUCAGCUUCCUUCGUUCUGUUUAUAAGUCUGGUCUGGUUUCAAAACAUCAUUUGUUGUAAUGUUUGGUGUGAGCUGCCAUGUUUUUCCACUCAAUGUGUGAACUCAUUUUUGGAUCAGUUUGAUUUGGCCUCUUCAGUCCACUGUUUGCACCCUCAUUUGGACUCCAGAGCUCAAGUAGCUGGCAAGUACUGCUAACUGGCUUUAAACUCACAUGGCCCGCCCUUGUAGCAGCGUUUGUGUUUGUGAUUUAGGUUAAUUUAGAGUUUAAGUCCCCUGCCAUCAAGUGUUUUUAUUUUUUGUUUUAUGUGACUGCAUGGGAAAAAGAGCAGCUGCUGGGCCUCUCUGAGCAAGACUUCUGAUCAUUGCACUAACUUUAGCUAUGAAUAAUGGGUAAACUUGGACAUGGGUCUUUUGCAGCACAGUUCCAGCUAACAUUAGCCAACAGAGGCUUUCAGUGUACAUAAGAAGAAUUUAAGGCAAACGUUUCUCUGAUCAGUGACCAACAAAACAUUCAGCAUCUUGUACACACUAAAACCAUUGGUCAGACUCCUCUCUGAGUACAGUUUAAAUGAUCUGUACACCCUCAGCAGUUCUUCCAUCCAAAAUGUUGUUGCCAUGGUUACCAUUUGCAUAGAAUAGGUCAGCGGCCCUCUUUGAUCAGUCCCAUAAACUGUCUGUGCUUUGGGCUUUUGUAUCCAAUUUUUGAUGUCACGGCAAUGAUUCAUUUUACAAUGGUUCAUUUUACAAUGGUUCAUUUUACAAUGGUUCAUUUUUAUGUUUUCUUGUGUGUUUUUGAAUAUAUAUUUUUUUCACUUCUGUCGAUAAGUUCAUCAGCAGCUUGCCAUGAAAGAGAGUCCCAGGAAGUCUCAAACGUCCUGCCUGCAGCAUGUCUGCAUAUACAUCUUGAUCAGAAAAAAAAGGCUUUUUAGGCUCCCUUGCACGGCCAGUUCCUGAGAACUCUCCGAGUGUUGUCGUUUAGGACAGUAUGUGAGCAGGUUUUUAUUUGAUUACAUUCAGACGGAUGGUGCAAUAUAUACAUCAGGUUUAUGCAUACACAUGGACACACAGGUGCCGGUGGGGUCUAAAAGCCUGAGUCUGAGUCAAAAAAUUCUCUUAGGAGGGAAACGCAGAACCUGUUUGAAUAUUGCAGAGUUUUAUUUUUAUUUUUACAAUUUAGUGAGAAAAGAAAAAAAGGUUUAACAGUUAAAGCCCAGGUGAGACCAAAGAUUUGCAGAGUGACUAAAUGAAACUUGAAUCUGUUUACAACAGGCUGCUCUUCAGCAUUUUAAAAGUCAGUUCACAGUUGGAGGGGAUGUUGCAUAAUUUCCAUGGUAAUGACUCUUGCUGUCACUCAGUUUAAAGUGAUUAAUUUCUUAAGUUACUGUGCAAUAAACCUGUCUCUACAAGGACAGUACUGCACAUUAACUCUUUAAUCCCCUGUAUAUUUUCAUCAUAAUAAUGUUCAGCAUUAAGCUGUAUGAUUCUUGCUCAUCACUAAUUCCCCUUUGUCAUCCCUAUUGUAGUGUUGCAGCAAAAUCACAUAUAAACACAAAAAUGCUUUGCUAGCUGUGUCUGAAAUGUCUGCUGAGAAUGUUUUUUUUUUCCCCCCACCAACAAGUUUUGCUAAUACAACCUUGAAUUUCUCACUCACAGUGUGGCUGCAGCCCCUUCAUUUCUGAUUGCCACUCUCAUGACCGUUCAUCUGAGAUGCUUUAUAUUUCAGAAUGGAAAUGCACACUAAAACUUUCCAAAUAAAAUUGGAUUCAA